CUUUACGCGCCAUUCGAUUGGUUUAGGGUUGAGUGACGUCAAAGUGGCUCUUCCAUUCAUCUAGUCCUUUGAGAACCUUGUAAGCUAGCUUAGUACUACUACUAGUGUUGGGUGUCUCAUGCUUUAGUGGAAUGUCUGUUCACUGUGUGUUUAGCCGUGGCAAUCCGGAAAUUACUACAGCGCGGAAGAAAGAGUGACUUAAAGAAAGAUGUAAGCGUACAUUGAAAUACAGUCACGUGUGAAAGGAGUUCAAAUUUGAGCAGCCUUGGGCCAAUCAACCACGUGCUUCAUCCCAGAGGAGUGUUAGAUUGUAUGUGCAAGUCAGACACGCUGUUUUUGUAGGACCGUCGUGAACUCCGCAUGGCAAUGGUUGUCAGUGAUGCGGAACCUCUCGUUCAGCACAUGGAGUAUUUAAUUUCGGGAUUUCACACCGCUGAUGUGGCCGGUGAUGAUCGCGCGCUGGCAUUUCAUUGGCGCUCCGGGAAUCAUCAGUUUCAAGGAGUGAAACUUUUGACGAGUAGUCUCUGACGAAACGAAGUUGGAUCGAUAAGCUGCCAACGGUCCAUGCCAUAAAAAAUACCCAGCUGGCUCUGAAAGAAGACUGAAGACAAAACUGGCGGCUGGAUGACUCUGAAACCCGCCCGUUGGUUGCGCUACGCAAAAUUACAGCUUGAUCAGGAGAACUAGAGGCAUUUGUUGCUCAACUAAACCGUCUGCCCGAUUCGUAUUUUUGUUCAUCAUUUUCUUGUUAUGUCGAAAAGCCGAUACUGAACUCCCAUUCUAAGAAUUUGUUACGAUAACCGUAUCUCUUUGGCGAGGAGUCGCACAUUUUGGAAGAACUUUUUGUCUUGAAACCCCUCUCGACCUCUGUUGCCAUGGAUUUAGCGGGGAUCACUACAGCCAUCUGCCUUCUGACAUGGCUGGUCGGCAUGAUAGCCAUCGCUCCGACCGAGGCCCGUAGAAAUCGAGACAAGCCUCAAGAGCGGGACAGCAGGAGGGGUGACAGCGAGGGCAAGACCGGCGAUCAGCGCCGGGACGAGGCCCAAAAGGAGCGGGAGCGGGGAAGUCAUCGCCGCCGGCACGGGGGAAGCAGCAACCGAGAGAAACAGAGGCAGGGGAGAGAGGUGGAGCAACUCCGCUGCCCGCCUUGUGAGCAGCUCCACUGUAACCCCAGGAAGGCCUCCAAGCUGAACUGUAAAGGAGGCAUCGGGGCGGGCAUAUGCGGCUGCUGCCCUCGCUGUCUCAAGGUGGAAGAUGAACUCUGCGGUGGCAAGUGGAAUUACCUGGGCAGCUGUGAUGCGGGAUUGGAGUGCGUUCAUGACGAUAUAUUGGGAGUGCAGACUGACGUGCCUCGAGAUCAAAGAAAGGGCAUCUGCAAACCAAUUCCUUUGGAGCGUGUUCAGCCAGGCCCGGCCCUAGUCGACCCAGCUCUAGCAAUCAGUGACCAAGGCCAGCUAGAGCAAGUGUCCUGCAGACCCAAGUGCACGCCAGAGUUCUGCGCCAAUGACCGGAAGGCGAUAUGCUCUGCAAUGUAA